CCAUCGUCAGCUGUUGACUUGUCAUUUGUCAGUUUGAGCGGGAAUCUACCCUAACGGUGAGAAAGAAUUCAUACCUCAAAACAGAAGAGGUCAUAUCACUACUUCCCCGAUUGAUCUCUUUUUGACCCUCGUCAUUUUGUCGGAUUUCUAGCUCUGAUGAUUGAUUCAUCGUGAGUGUCAACAUGAGUGAGGGCGAGGCUAAUGUAAGCAGUAGUGGCGGUGGGAACAACCCGACGGCGUCCAUGGAUCUGUUUGAUUCGGCCAGUUCGGGCGCUGUUCUUUCGACCGAGGACAUGAGAGGCAUGCCUAUUUCGCAAGGGACCCUGACCCAACGAGUUCAAGAAAAUGAUCAAGCAGAGCACGAGGACGAAGAGGACGAAGAGGAGGAAGAACUCACCACGGGCGAAGUCAUCCAAAGGUUAAAGAUGGCUUGGAUGAACGAGAAGUUCUCGCCGGAGUUGUUGCCCCCUCAAAGUCAGAUCGUGAAUUGCGUGCUGGAUCAGAUCCAGCAGAUCCAAACCAACUUAGCCCAAGUCGGCCCCACGGAUUGUCGCUUGCCACUUCACAAGAUGGAACUCGACCGGGUGCGCUACAUGAUGGCCGCCUAUUUGCGCGUCCGUCUCACGAAAAUCCAGAAGUUCAUCUUCACGCUGGAUUUGAGCUCAGAUUCAGCUAAUCUGAGUGCGGAAGAACAGCAAUUCGCCCGAGCCCAUCGUCAGACCCUGGAGCAGCACUUUGGUGCCUUGUCCCUGAAGCACAUGCCCGGGGAUUUCGCCCAAAUCGACCCCAAACGUGCCGACCCGAAACUGCCCGAGCCCGAGUUGAGCCGAGCCGUCUUCGUUCAAGUAGAACGACCCGUUCACGGGGUCUUCUUGGAAGAUGACACGCUGCAAGGCAAGGACGAAGACGUGGACUUUGAGGUGGGAGAGCAACACAUUGUGCGGUACAAGGCCGUGGCCGAGUUCAUCAAAGAAGGCAGUCUCAAACUCAUUUGAAGCUUCCAAAUUUGUACCUGACAGUCACUAGAAAUUCAAUAAAUGUGAUCCAACCAACCACCUCAUGCUUGUGCAGGAUAAUCCUCGUCUUAAUUUUGAUAUCACCCGCAGAA